AUGGUGUCAAAGGAUCAAACGUCUUUUAACAAAAGAUGGACGUUGGGUCUCCUGAUGUUGGGCUUAGUCAUUGUUUUAUGGGUUCUAUCGUCUUUCCUGAUAAGCUUGAUCUUCGAGGACGACUCCUACAGGAAGCCGUUCUUCAUCACGUAUAUCAAUACCGCCGCCUUUAUCUUUUAUCUGUUCCCUACUGCAAAGGCGAUCAUGGGGAACUACAAGGCCACAGGACACGCAAACGUCCAUCGCGAGUUGAUCAUGGAGGAGGAAGGCGCUGAUGGCGAUGAUAGCCUCACAGUCAACGCGAACAGCCCCUUACUGACGAACCUUGAAGCAGGUACGCAGCCAACUCAGAAGCCGAGGCUCACGCUCUAUGAAACAAUUAAACUAAGCGCCGAGUUCUGUAUACUUUGGUUCACAGCCAACCUCGUGACCAAUGCUUCGCUAGCAUUCACAUCAGUGGCAUCUCAGACGAUUCUUUCCACGACCUCUUCGUUCUUCACUCUCUUUAUAGGUGCCAUCUGCCAUGUCGAAUCACUGAGCAAAUCCAAAAUACUGGGGUCUUUCAUUUCAUUUAUCGGUAUAGUCAUAGUCACGAAAUCAGACUCUCGUCAUCGCUACAAGACUGGUAUUGCGGAUGUCAGCGGCGAUGAGAACGACGCCGUACGGCUUUUACUGGGCAACUUGUUAGCGCUUGCGGGUGCUGUUCUUUACGGUGUCUACAGUACGUUGUUGAAAAGAGAAGUUGGGGACGAGUCUCGUGUCAACAUGAAGAUUUUCUUUGGCUUUGUCGGCCUCUUCAACCUGCUCUUUCUAUGGCCAUCACUUAUCGUGCUGGAUUUUUUCGGGUGGGAACCGUUCGAGCUGCCCAAAGACCCUAAAGUUAUCAUAAUCAUCCUUGUCAACUGUCUCAUCACAUUUGUCAGCGAUUUCUGUUGGGCAAAGGCUAUGCUGCUGACCAGUCCCUUGACUGUCACCGUCGGAUUGAGUAUAACCAUACCAUUGGCAAUGUUUGGUGACGUACUAUUCAAGCACAAAACCAUGUCUGUAGUUUAUUUAUUCGGUGCUACCCUCAUUCUGGGUUCAUUUUUCAUCAUUAACAAGAGCUCAGAAGAAGAACAUUUUGAAAACUCGGUAACAGCAAGCACUUAUGAGGCAAUGGAACAACCAGUGACAAAUAACUGA